AAAGCCGACAUCGAGCCGAUCUUUGUGCGAGAUGUCAGCGAACACUGAGUGAGGAACGCCUGCCACGAUCUGACAUAUUUGAGCAAGUUUAUAGUGUAAUUUUGCUGUGAAAUGCGAUAAAUAUACCUGAUUUCCCAUUGUAUCAGUCAGGAAAUGGAAGUGUCCACUUUCAGAUUUUGUACGGUGGACCAAUGGAGAAGAAGAGAUCCAAAAUGACUGGAGUAGCAUUCUAUCAUGCACUCGAAAAAGCCAGCARCAAAGUUAUUAGCAACAAGUUCAAAUGCAACAGUGAAGAAAAUCUCAUUUAAAAAGGACGCAAGAAACUUAAUAAACGUUCCAAGAAAUGCUAUUACAUCUAAUAGUGAGGCCACUGAAUCAAAAUCAUGUAAUACAAACAUCCAAGAACGYGACAAUAGCGAACCAGAAUGUGCAAAACCUAUCUCUUCAACCUCRGGYAUUAAACAGCAGUUAAAGGUGAAAAGAAAGUCCCUAAAUCCUCCAUUUAGAUGCAACAAAAAGAGGCUUUCCUCAGUUGAAUGUACAGUCCAUGUAACUACCGCUAAAAMCGACCAUGUAGUAAAAUUCAAUGCUGAAAAUGCUGCUUAUAAUWCGUCUGAUAGCUUGUCUGAAUUUUGGGGUGAUGACCAACUAUUUGCUGACUUUGACAUAAGCGAUGUUGUUCAUUCCUCUCUUGAAAGUACAACCAACAAAUACAACUUAGCAAGUACUCCCAAAGUUAAGACAGAAUGUAACAGUUCUUUGGCAAAGUCAGAACCAGUUUAUAAUCAUGAAGAAACGUUUUACGGUCUUCCUUUGAAUGUUAAAAAGAUGUUUUCACAGUACAGGGGCAUCGAAGAACUCUAUGAGUGGCAGAAGACUUGCCUUUGUUUACCUGCAGUCAAGGAAAAAAGGAAUCUCAUAUAUUCUCUACCAACCAGUGGAGGAAAAACAUUAGUCUCUGAGAUUCUUUUCCUGAGAGAGUUAGUUGUCAACAAAAAGGACGUCAUUUUCGUGUUACCAUUUGUGUCAAUUGUGCAAGAAAAAGUAAGAAACCUGACUCAAUUUGCUGUUGAUCUGGAUUUUGUCAUCGAGGAGUAUGCAGCAAGUAAAGGAAAAUUUCCACCAAGAAAAAGAAGAAAAAAGAAAACUUUGUACAUUGCAACUAUUGAGAAGCUUCUUGGUAAAGCAUAUGGACAGAGGCUUGCUAAGUGCAGUGAUGAAGAGGCAGUGCAACGUUUUUACCUGACAUUAAUACUGUACAAGUUGAUCCAAGGGGAAUCCAUAUGGUUAGUUGCUGACUUGUUCAAGGUACCCAGGGGAUUUGUUCAAAACCUUCUGACAUCUGCUUCUUCUUAUGCAACUUGCUUGGUUCAUUUUACUCAGGAAUUAAGUGAUUGUUGGUCAAUUAAGCUCUUAUUUGAGGCUAUUAUCAAAAAGUUAACAUACACCGCCAGUCUGGAGCUUGUUCCUCUCAUGGAAAUCUCAGGUGUUAAACAGGGACGUGCACGGCAGUUAUUUAAUGCUGGCUAUCAUUCAUUGAGUGACGUCGCUCGUGCCAGUCCCCAGACKUUGGUCCAAGAAAUUGAGCACCUGUUUUCGUCACAGGCGAAACAAAUCGUWUCUGCUGCAAAGAUGCUUCUUCAAGAAAAGGCUGACGCUCUCCGUGAAGAGGCAGAGGAAUUGAUGGCCUAAAACAAUAUUUUUGCUUUUAUUUAUUUUUGAGAAAAAAUUAUUGGAAAUUGUUUUGCACCAGAACGCAAACAGCAAUGG